CUCCUCACAUUUUCCUAUCGCGAAUCUCUCUCCUCGAAAAUCCCACGAUCAAGGGUUGAAACAAGUCAAAAUGAGGACUCUUUUAUUGCUUGGGGGCAUGACACCAGAUGUCACCGCCCUCUACUACAACAUCAUCAACAAAGUUGUCAGACUCAAACUCGGCGAUCGAGCAUCAGCCCCAUUAUAUCUGUACAGCGCCAACCUCGAAGAGAUGAUUCAACACGCCAUGAAGGGAGACUGGGACGAGUUCGCAAAAGUGUAUAAGAAACCCAUCAGGUCGCUGAGUGAUAGGGUGGAUGGCAUCGCGAUCUGUGCUAUUCUUGCACACAAGGUCGCCAAAAAACUAUUUGAUGACUCCUCAUCGGCUCAUGUCCCACUGUUUCACAUCGCGGACUGUCUCGCACUCCACAUUACCAACAAUCAUCCAUCAACUAAGAAGCUUGGUCUCCUUGGCCCAAAGAUCUCGAUGCUCGAUUCCGAUGAUCCAGAUUUCUUUGUGGCCAAGUUACGAAAGGCUGGCUUUGAGAUCCUGAUCCCGGAAACACCAGCGGAUAUUGAGGAGGUUAACAGAGGCAUGCUUCAAGAAGUGGCGAAGGGCGUUGCUUCUGUGACAGACUCAACAAGAAAGAUGUUCAUUCAACGAGCGAAAAAGCUGAUUGAAAGAGGAGCUCAAGGUAUUAUACUGGGUAGCACGGACUUGGGCUUUGUGCUAAGGCAAGAGGAUGUUGGGGACAUACCGCUGUUUGAGCCAGCUGCUAUUCAUGCGCAGGAGCUAGGAAUAUGGAUUUGUGAAGGAGAGGAAGAUCAAUCAUCAUAGUCUAUCGAUGUUGAAAUUUGGCAUCGCAGUACCACUGCAAAAGGAAUAUGAUAAGUUUCUUACUGCGCAGAAAAGACCACCAGUCCCCUGAGCUUUUCCCAUACUGAAGUGAGAGAAUGACUGGAGGCAACGGAGA